AUGUCUGUUAACAACGGAUCCAACUCCAAUCAGGUCGGUCGCGGCCGCAGUACUCAACAAGGUCAAGCCUAUCAAGCAGGCGCUCCUGCUCCCCUCGUCGAUCUUUCUCAAAGCUUUCCCCAGGCUCCUGGCAAUACCCUAGGCCAACUUCUCGUUCCCCAAAGCGCCAUCACCCUGGACCAAGUCCUCGGCUCUGGCCCACACCCUCUGGGACGACCUGGUGCAGCUUUGCUUCCGUUUGUUCACACCGAUCCUGCCGAUGGCGCCCUCAAUGAUGCCAUGGCCUCUGUCAACAUUGCUGACACGGGCGCGAGCCGUGGUGCAGCUGUACCUUCCCAAACCGAAGGCAUUCAUCAGCGUCAGUAUCAUCCCAUGAGAAUGGUCGUGCAACCCGUGCUUCGAUACAACAGUUCAGAUCUCGAGCGUGCUUUCCGGCAGGCUAGGGGAUUUUCAGCCCAAUACCGCGGUGACAUAUUCAAUGACGGCAACAUGAGUGCCGACGUACCGGCCGACCAGAACACAUCGCUCUGGAUGGAAGGCCUUCCAGCUGGCUGUACGCCCCAUAUGCUUCUGGGAGCAAUCGCCCAGGUUCGCCCGACAGGCAAGAUCUGGGCCUCGUAUAUCAACCCAGCCAAUCCCGCUGACAACAAGCCGCAUGCUGCGGCAAAGAUUGUCUUCUUCUCGCGCGAAGGCGCAGAGAGCUUGCUCGGCGCCAACCAGGCCGGCAGGUUCUUGGUGGGAGGACGUCGUCCACGCAUCACCUGGAAUCGAAUCAGGACAGCAGCACGGGGUACCAGAGACAGCCACAAGUCUCGAGUGGUGCUCAUCCAUGGCCCAGCUCAAUACGUCAAUGAGCCACGACUGAGCCAAUGGUUCAAGCAGUUCUUCAAGUUCGAGACCGAGGUAGUCAUCCCACGCGAAUACAGGGUCAAUCCGGGAGGCCAGGCCGUACAGCUUUUAGAGUGGCGGUUCGCGAGCACCCGCUGUCAAGGGGAAGCUGCAUGUAUGGCGAUUGGCUUGGAGCUUCGCGGAAUGGUGGAAUGUCGCUACGGAUAG